AGGUCUGGGGAGAAUGAUGUGGAGUUCAGUGGGAACCUGGAAAUGGAGGAGGGAGAACUGCCUGACGAUGUGGCAGGGGCAGCAGGUAACCUCUUCCUCCACUUUGUCUCUCUCUCUCUCUCUCUACUCCCUCCUUUUCCAUCUCCCUCCCUCCUAUUUUCUCUCUAUCCCCUUCUCUCUCACCCUCUCUCCCUACAUCUCGUUCUUUCUUUCUGUAUGCCAUCUUCCUCUCCUCUUUUCUAUCUAGCUAUGUCUCUAUCUCACUCUCAUCAAAUCUCUCUUUAGCGUGUGCAUGUUAGUUUAAUGGGGCUUAAAGACGAUGGCUCAUCGUCAGCGUGAUGGGCUUGUCAUGGGUGCUGAUGUGGAACGUUUUAAGUGUGUGUGUGUGUGUUUAAGUGUGGAAAGGUGGUAGCUGCAGCGGAUUAAAACGCAUCCAAAGGGGAGUGUGAAGGGCUGCAUAACAAUGCUUAAAUUUACAUGCAUGAAGUGAGGGAAUGCAACUCAUGUGUCACAUUAUUCUUCAAUUUACGUAGUUUUUAGGAUGCACCUUACUUUGGCAGAUCUACAUCUUGUCCUCUUAGAAGCCUACUCUUCGGUACUUUGAUAACUGAUUUCAACUUUAGCAACUCAGUAUGGGCCGCCCUUAAACUCAGACAUGUUGGCUGUCUCUUUUGCUUACUAUCUGACUGUCUCCUCUCAAAGGACAUUAUCCAUUAUUACAUGCCCCCAUGCCUCAGUGGGUUAGUGGGUUAUUCAAAUUUAUUCACUAAACAUUGGCUGCAAAGUGGAUUAUUGUCCUCGCUGCCAUUUCCAAUCUCUUAUCUCUCGCCUUUUCAAAUGCGCAUUGUAUGCAGACCUUAAUUAUUUUUCUGCUGCUCUCUCAUAGCUGUGCACUGGCUGACUCAAUACUGCAGUGAAAUGGCUAGAGUUUAAUUGAAUCUUUGUGGAGGAGGUUCUUGUCUGAAAUGGGGCUACUGUAACUCAAAAUGGAGAUACAGCAUGAGAUGUUGAGUAGCCGUAGCGCUCUGCUAUGUGUGUUAAACCUAGUAAAUUAAGAUUUCCUUUUGCAACCAGUAUUCACUAUGCCCUAUUCCAAACUCAUUCCAAGCGUCAGUUGACUCCCCGUGCUACUCCUACAGCACUCGAUAGAUCGAAGCAUCCAGUAUAGUUCACCUUUGGUCUCCACUUCCCCUUUGCAACUGUCUCCUCACCAUUGUACCUCUGAAUGUACCUCUCUGACUCUCCCCUGUCUCUCCCAGGAGGCUCUAACCCUGGGGCCAGGUGUCUGAGGCGUGGUGGUGGUGGUGGUCUUUCCUCUGCUGGCAGCAACAACAGUCUGCUGGAGAUCGACCCCGUCAUCCUCAUCCAGCUGCUGGACUUGAAGGAACACAGCAGCGUGGAGUCACUAUGGGGCCUUCAGCCCAGACCCCCUGCUUCCCUGUUGCACAGCCAAGGUAGAGUCUCUCUCUCACGGCGUAUCCAGUGUAUGUGACAAUACAUCUUGUCUUUUUUUAGUUUUUUUUCUACUCUGUACUGGGUAGCCAAGCUAGGGUACAGUCACUCCCUCUCUGGGAAACAUUAGGACAAGCGCUAAUAGCCUCUUAAUCUCUUCAUUGCUCUUGUCCCUCUCCUAUCUACCCCUCUCUCCAGUCCAAGUCCACUCCAGGAAGGAGCGGGGUGAGCGCCGGCCUCAGGCAGUGAGGAGGGGAGCCCCAGACUCAGGGGUCCUGAUCCGGCUCAAGGCCCAGAUGGCUGAGGUGCGCAGUAAGAUGACGGAUGUCAAGUGUCAGCUGGAGGCGCGGGGGGAGGCCAGGGCAGGACCCUCCGGUGGGGCCACAGGGGAGCAGGGGCCCUCUUACCACGCAGACUCAGGCCUAGGGCCCAGCAGAAAGCCCACAGAGCUUGAUCUGAUGGGGAAAGGACCUGGGGCCUCCAGACACUGUCGCUCUGGUGAGUGGUGCUCAAGGUUGGGGAGUAACAGAUUACAUGUCAUCUGUUACAUGUUAACGGAUUACAAAAAAACUACCUGUAAUCCUUUACCAGCUAAAAUGUUGUAAUCAGAUUAGAUUAUUUUGAAAAAUUUAAAGGGUUACUUUUUAAUUCAGAAAGGAUGUUUGCGAAAAAAUAUCUUUGACACCUUUCUGUUUUCUCAAUGACAUUCAAAUCAGCAUUGAAAAAAGGGGCAAGUUUAAGUUUGUACCACCUGAGCAAGUCUGACCACAAGUCAGAGACCACUAUGAUGACACACCAAAUGUGUUUGAUAGACUGCGGAAAAAGAGCAGGAAUAGGCUUUUGUAGGCUACAGUCCAAGCUAUGUUUUCCAAUGGUGUGACUUCUGUCAGCAUCCAAAGAUUAUCCAACUUGAAUAAGCGUUUUGAGGAAAGGAUGACAUCAGUGGUCUAGUCUACAGGUGAUACGGAUAUCACUUUUUAUUGAUAUCUAUAUAGAGCAUUGAUGUGAAUCACACUGCUGGCCUCUCAUUUAGCUAUUCUGAACAAAAAUAUAAAGGCAAUAUGCAACAAUUUCAAAGAUUGUCAGUUUAAUUUAAGAAGACCCUGAGUGGGGCUUUUAUUGCUCAAUCUAAUUAGUGCUGAUAAAAAAAAUGUCCAUAGCCCUAUGGACACAUGCUCAAACUCGCACACUUUUGAUAGCUACAGUGAUUGGAGUAUCUGUCCAUUGGACCACUUUAAGCCGUAAACUCCACAGAGCUGGGCUUUACGGAAUGUGGGAGACUCCCCAAACAUAUGGAAGAAGGUACUCUGGUCAGAUGAGACUAAAAUUGAGCUUUUAGGCCAUCAAGGAAAACGCUAUGUCUGGCACAAACCUAACACUUCUCAUCAACCCGAGAAGCAUGGUGGUGGCAGCAUCACGCUGUGGGGAUGUUUUUCAUCAGCAGGGACUGGGAAACUGGUCAAAAUUGAAGGAAUGAUGGAUGGCGCUAAAUACAGGGAAAUUCUUGAGGGAAGCCUGUUUCAGUCUUCCAGAGAUUUGAGACUGGGACGGAGGUUCACCUUCCAGCAGGACAAUGACCCUAAGCAUACUGCUAAAGCAACACUCAAGUGGUUUUAAGGGGAAACAUUUAAAUGUCUUGGAAUGGCCUAGUCAAAGCCCAGACCUCAAUCCAAUUGAGAAUCUGUGGAUUGCUGUACACCAGCGGAACCCAUCCAACUUGAAGGAGCUGGAGCAGUUUUGCCUUGAAGAAUGGGCAAAAAACCCAGUGGCUAGAUGUACUUGGCACUGUGUAGCUCAGUUGGUAGAGCAUGGCGCUUACAACGUCAGGGUUGUGGGUUCGAUUCCCACGGGGGGCCAGUAUGAAAAAAAGACAAAUGUAUGCACUCACUUAACUGUAAGUCGCUCUGGAUAAGAGCGUCUACUAAAUGACUAAAAUGUAAUACCCCAAGAGACUUGCAGCUGUAAUUGCUGCAAAAGGUGGCUCUACAAAGUAUUGACUUUGGGAGGGUGAAUAGUUAUGCACGCUCAAGUUUUCUGUUUUUUUGUCUUAUUUCUUGUUUGUUUCACAAUAAAAAAUAUUUUGCAUCUUCAAAGUGGUAGGCAUGUUGUGUAAAUCAAAUGAUACAAACCCCCAAAGAAUAAAUUUUAAUUCCAGGUUGUAAGGCAACAAAAUAGGAAAAAUGCCAAGGGGGGUGAAUACUUUCGCAAGCCACUGUAUAAACAGCUGCAAAUGUAUCAAAAUAUCAAAGUGUCAUCAACAAAAACGUAAACAAUAGGCCUAUACAGUGGCGGACUUACCAUUAGGCAGAAGAGACAAUUGCCUCUGGCCUCACGUGAGCUGGGCAUAGUAAAAAAUAUAUAAUAAGGAAAGUUGGCGGGUGCACAGUGCACUGUUCGGAUGCUGGAGUUAUUUUGGAAGAACGUGGGAAGGUCACCUACUUUUUGAAGUGAUUUGUUAGACAAUCAGAUUAAAACAUCAUGGUUGUGUACAUUUUUACAUUUAAAUUACAUUUCUUUACUAUAAAGAGGGGGGGUUGGGUUAUGCCCAGGUAAAACAAUUUGGCUAAUGUAUUUCCAAGUCCUAUUCUUGAAGAUCAAUGGGGAUUAAAUUAAUUGAAAUGACUGGAAAUCUGACAGACUUUGGUUUUUAAUGUAAAUGUAUAGCCUAAUCGUAUUAUCUGUAGCAGAAAGCAAUGGGUUAGAAGAAGCCUACAUAAUAAAGUAAAAUGCAACAUCCAUUUAUGGUCACUCUAACAUUGAUUUAUCCUACAAUAGAUGUCAUUCAAUUGGUAAUAUUAAUUUGUGUCUUCUAAUGCCUCUUAAAGGAAAAGUAAUCUGAAAGUAAUCAGAUUACUGAGUUUACAUAAUCCAAAAGUUAAAUUUACUGAUUACAAUUCUGGACAAGUAACUGUAACUGAUUACAUUUAGAAAGUUAACUUACCCAACCCUGGUGGUGCUACACACCUUCACUGUACACAAUACACUCUACAAUCUGUGGAAUCGGAUAGCAUUUCACAGCACUUUCUACGGUAGACUCUAGACGGGCAGCUGGGGAGCUAUCGACUGCUCAGUCAGAUGUUUAUCCAGCUGUGCUGCUGUGGUUUGUGUGGCAGGAGAGAAGAAGGCCUUGUCUCCCAAGCAGGAGGGCAGCGGGCUGGGCCUGAGGAGAGCCACAGACGGAGUGGAGAAGGAGCCGAGAGGCCAGAGCGGUGAAGAGUCGUCCAGUGAUCAAUGCCUCUUCCCCAGGGACACCUCCAACGGAUCAGAAGGUCAGUAGUAAAGCCAGGUAGAGGUGGGUUAGCAGUGUUUAGACCUGCACCUGUAAUGACACACCACCAUGGCUCCACCUAAGUUCCCAAAUGUAUGGUUGUCACUUGUCACACUAAUUGUAAAAGAUUCAUGCAAUGCACCAAAAGCGAAUGACUUCUGACUGACCAGUGUUUUACCUGUGCUGUGUCAUACUGUAGGAGCCCUGAAGCCACGCAGCGCCCACAGCUCCCCUCCCUCUCUGGGCAGCUCAUCGUCCUGCUCCGACAACAAGCCCUGCAGCUCCAAACACGACCAGGAGCAGCUCUACGGGGCCAACCUGUACGCUCUGGGGGGCCUCAAUGGCAUCUCCACCGCCACCAUGGCACGACCCAGGACCCAGCCCAUGGGGUAAGACUAACACCCUGUCCUAAAUCCAAAUCUAACGCUAGUCCUUAUGCAUUUGUGGCGAUCCAAAGCACUUGGAUUGAAAUUCUAUUACGUAAAAUUUUCCCACUUCAAAAAUGAGAUUUUUCUGUAGUCCAGGUGCUUGGAAAAGGGCACAUGAUCAUUGAAAAUAAACUCCCUUUAAACCAACAUUUUGAUCAUUAUUUCUUUAUCAGGUGUUUACCCCCUGCCAAAGCCUCUCCAAUUUAACUAUUUGUUUUUGGCGUCAUAUUUGUUUUGAGCCACAGUGCUACUAUUUUUUAUUACUUUACUGUGCCAACCUUGGCUGGGUUUGAAAAGAAGGCAGGAUAAAUGAAAAUACAGUAUUUGGACUACUGCUGUUCUAGCUAACUAGACUGGUAUUUAUGCACCACCCUAUUUGGUAUUAAGAAUUAGUCUUCCCAAUGGACCAAGCAGGGCUGUUUAGGUUUGGAAUAGACCAGCAACUAGAGUGGUGAAAUUAUUAGCUUUCUCUCUCUUGCCAAAAUUAUCCCAACAGUACCUUAGAAAGAAAGGAAGAAAAUUAUUCCCAUGUGUAUUGAAAUCAAUAUCACUUGUGGUUAAAACAAGUGGCAAAUCAACCUCACCCUCCCUUAGGGCCGGCCUGCUGACGGACAGCUCUCUGGACUGUGACUUGGAGGAGACGGCUGAGAUCCGCCAGUCACUGCUCUCCCUGGCAGAGGGACCCUCUUCACGCCCUGACGAAAGUGAGCCCUACUGCUCUAACCCCCUCUUCCUUCACCUCCACCUCUACCUCAACCCUCCUUCUCAAUGGAGGAAUGCAAAUGUGAUGGCACUAAGGAUUGAGCUCCACUUUUCAUCUGUGGAUAGAAUAUACUGUAAUCAAAUACCAUACUGCAGGUAGAGUAACAGCUUCUUGUUGAAGGGAAUUUUAAAGGAUGUUUAUUCUGCAGUUUUACCCCUAAUGAUCUUUGGGAUGAGUUGGUGUCUGUAAAGAGAGACAGAGGGUCUCUACUUGGCACUGUGCAGGAUGAGGUGUGCUCUUGGCGGUGAUGGUGUUUCCUUUACCUGUGAGAUGCCGCUAUAUUGGUCUUAGUGGCUCCCCCACUCUGUUACCUUUUUCUCCCUCUUUCUAUCUUUCUGCUGUUUUCCUUUCUGUCCCUCCGUCCCCCUCUUUUUUGUUUACCUAUGUUCCCUUUCUCUCCCUUUUCUGUUUGCCUGUCUCGCGCUCUCUCCUACUCUGUCGCUCUGUUUUCCCUUAUCCUUUGUGUCCCUCGCUCUUUCUGUCUGUCAGGUCAUGUUGUCCGUAAGCAGACGGUGGUGUUGCUGCCAGGUAUGAGCAGUGACAGUGAGAUCGACUGUGACACGGAGAACGAGGACGAGGUGGUGGGCCUGGAGGCUGGAGACUGUCGCUAUGAUGCCCGGGCUCUGCCCUGCGCAGGUCAAUAUUGUUACCUGCCACACACACACAUAUACAUAUGCGUAACCCCCUCACACAAACACUUAAACACGCAUACAUUAGUGUCAUUUAUCCACACAUUUUAGCCUCAAAUCAGCUUGCCGGUACCGUGGAAGGAAAUGAAUGCUAAGCUCAGUGUUUAAAUGCUUCUGUUCUUCUUUCCUCCCAGGGGCCCAGUUGAUCUCUGAUGACCUGAGCUUCACCACAGGAGAGAACACAGAGAGGUGAUUCCCCUCCAACAUGGCCACCACAGCCGGUCUAAACCGUGGCCAUCGCUGUAUGGGGGGACUGGAGAGCAGUGUAUAUAACUUUAAUGUACACAAGCACCUGUGUAGAUAGACACUUGCAUGCACUCAUUCUAGUCACUGGCAACCCCAAAUGCUAUGAGAAUGCUACACCUCACUAAGUGAGCACGUUGAUGAUGACUGCAAAAUCUGUCAAUAUAUUUGGUCACUUUUAUUAAUCUCCAUUUAUAUUUAAAUGUAAAUUGGGUUAAAUUUGAGUUAGUAUGGGGUGAGGAACAAUAUAUUUGCGAGAGACAUAUUCUUUAGGCUGUCGUUGUGAAAACUAAAAUAGGAACAGUUAUCAUAUGUAACUAACCUCAUGGUUGACGUUUGCAAUGUCUACAUACUCAGAUUGGGCUUUGGUCUGGACAUCGUGAGCUCUGGUGAAUUAGGAAAAAUAAGCACAGUGCAUCUGCUUCACAACAGAAAGAGAACCUUAAAAGCUCUCUGCCUUUCUGAUUCAAUGAGGUGCUAUUGAUGUGUUUGUGUGGAGGAGCACAGUCAGGUAGGCAUCACACAGUGCUGUAAUGAACACCCCAUUCUGGUAAACAGUCUGAACGAACGCCUUGAAGUGGACGCAUUUAGUAGCUUUAUUCCUGUAUCGUCUUCGAUUAAAACGUGUAAGGAACCCUUUAGGUUAGCUGAAAGAAAGGCAGGGCUGAAACAUCAUGAAGGUGGCAAGAAGUCCCUUUCUGUGCCAAUCUUAUCAAUGUAAACUACUGUAUUUCGUCAACUACUCCCGGUAGAUUGGAGUUGCUUGCCCCCCAGUAAAUCUUUCAGAACAAGAACCAGUUUUGUUGCUGUGUAGACACAUUGAAAGAUGUAUCAAUGAUACGUCCUUCUCUGGCCUGUGUAAGAGAUUGCUACCUUCUGAAUUUGUUUUGAGUAGUUUCUUAGUAGAAAAAUAGGCAUGACUCUUGCUCACAGUAUUGAGUGGAUUCUGACUGAAUUUAUUACUUUCUUGGUUGACAGUCUGGGCUUCAAGUGCUCUUUGACCUUGUCUCGUAAUUGCACAUCAAAGCUGAUGUACCUUAUCCGUACAUACAGCGUUCUUUCCUUCAUGAGUAAGUGUUUUCUGCAGCCCUUGUCAAAUCAAGAUGAGCUCUGUAACAUAGGCAUGUGUGUAGGAGGUGUUUUAGAGUUUUCUGCCCUGAUAAUACCUACAGUGUGGACACUAAUGCUGUCUUAACUAUUUUUCUGUGCUGUGUGAGCAACUCCUCCCAGUUCAGCUAUUCUGCUUGUCUUUGAAAAAUGGUUCCAUGCAAAUUCACACAUUUUGACUUCUAUGAAGCAGACGCAAUUUCGUUUUCAAGUUGGUGGAUUCCUUUCCCUUUUCAAACAAUGGAUCCAAAUGUCACAUUCCGUCGUCUUGAGUCUAGAUAAUUUUAUUUUGCUUGUUUUCCUAGGCAAUAUUUGACCGAGGCAAUAUUUGGAAAGUAAUUUGUUUGACUGAGACAUGUGUAAAUCAGUGUUUGUUUUGUACAAAGGCAUGUCAUUAGAACAAUUCUCUUUGAAUAUCCUACUACUUGCCCAUCAGAGGGUGCCAUUUCUGCCUUGUAGUUUAGCUUUGCUGUGUGACCGUGGACCAUUUAUUUACACAGUAACAUUUUAUUAUUUUCAACCCUUGAAAAGCAAUCUGUCGACCACACUAGCAUCGACAUGGACAUCAUAGCAGAAACUGUACUCUUUGUAUCAUGGAGAACAAUGAACACUGGCAAAUACUUUCGUCAUUGAAAUGUACACUGAAGAGGUGACCCAACUCAAUCUGUAAACAUUUCUAUCCUUUAUCCCUUGAAAGGGAGAUGUGUAAGAUGUCUCAAAGGAUACUAGUGUGCAUUGAUUAAUAAGGAAAUAUGUUCUAAAUGCCUGACUGGAGAGCUCAGUGAUUUACACUAUAAAUAUCUUGCUACUUCAGCUGUAGGAUGCCUGAUGUUAACCCCCAGCUGCACAGCCUCCUAAUGUUCCAUCAUGUGUGCCUAAAACCGCAUGGCUUCAAUGGAGUUGAACAGGCAGAAGGAGGGUGGACAAAAUGCUUUAAACCUAGGAUAUACAGCUCUAGACUCAUCCUGAUAUGGUCUAAUUGUAUCUGUAUCUAUUUCCGUGUGUCUGUUCACUAUGCACAUUUCUGUUACUGCCCAGGUUUUAGCUGUGUGUUUGACUGAGUGGGAAAGGGCUGGCUGAGGAAAGGCACUAGAAAGAGGGUGAUUAGAUGGUUUCAAGUGUUCAUGCGUUCCUUCAUUGUGUCUGUACCAUUUCUGAGUGAUUCUUUUAUAUUGUUCCAGAAUGUAGAGUGGGAUUUUUAUUUGUUGGGUAUGUAUGUCAUUUUUUGUUGUUGUAACUAAUAGAAUAUGACACAAACAAAUAAAAUAUUUUAUGGUUUC